AUGGCAUAUAAGGACAUUGUACCUAUUGGUAGUGCAUUGAUCAUUGCCACGACUUCCUUUAUUUUAGGUGCUGUUUAUGGUAAUUUACCUUAUGAUAUAGGUACUCUUUGGUCGAAAGAUGAGACAGGAGCUGCAUUUGCAAAUUCUUUAGCACACUAUCAAACUUGGGGUAAUACUCCAAAUCAUGUUCAUUAUAUCUUUCAUUUUGUCCUUGGUUUAGGAUUACUUGGUUGUUUCAUUAAAUUAUACAAACCUCAAGAAGAUGCUAAAUAUUUUGAAUAUGGUACUUUAGGAUUUCUUAUGAUCGCCAUUAUUAUUUAUUUAACUAAUUUAAGAGUUGGUGUCAAUUCAGCAAUUUCAGGAAAUUGGGGUGAGGUUGAUGCUGAAACUGGUUUAAAUGUUAUGGCUGCUUCUCAAGUCAUGAUUGUUUUAGUAUUAUUAGGUGUAUUUGUUUUACAAGGUGGUCUUUAUUAUGCUGAAUGGUAUGAUGAAAGAUUAAAGGAAGAUUUCUAUAAAAAGGAAGCUGAAAUUGCUGCUUCAGCAGCUGUUGAUGCUGAAAAGAAACAAGCAGAAGCUGUUGGUGAAGAAGCUGCUACUAAAUCAACUUCUACUGGUACUGAAACAACUGCUACAACUGUUAAGAAGACCAAAAGAAUUAUUAGAAAGAAAGUAUAA